CAGGAUGGCAUUUGCCUCUUCCUUCUUGUAUGCUUUCUUGCUUCUUCAGUUUUGUCUCAAAAGCAAUGCUCAUGAAAUCAUCAAGGAACCCAUAAGAAAUGUUCACAACAAUGAUCAAGGUUUGGACCCUGCUCUAAAUGUGUUCUUUAGAGUCAACGAUCUAUAUCUUGGGAAAAAAAUGUCAAUUUAUUUUGCUACAAAUGACAAUUCUACCCCUACUCAUCUACUUACUCGAGAAGAAGCCGAUUCGAUCCCUUUUUCACCAUCAAGACUCUCAUACCUUCUUGAAUUCUUCUCAUUUUCUAACAAAUCCCCACAAGCUAAAGCUAUGGAGACCACACUUAAACAAUGUGAGCUCAAGCCCAAAGAGGGUGAGAUCAAGUUUUGUGCCACGUCAUUGGAGUCCAUGCUGGACAUGACACGCGGCAUUUUGGGUAUGGUCAAACUCAAGGCUUUGACCACCAAGAUUUUGAAUUCCAAUCAUACCCUUUUCCAAGGGUAUACGUUUGUGGAGAAACCAUUGGAGAUUUAUGCUCCUAAGAUGGUGGCUUGUCACACCAUGGCUUACCCAUAUUUGGUUUACUACUGCCAUGGGCAAAAGGGUCAUUUCAACAGGGUGUUUAAGAUAGCAUUGGAAGGUGAAAAUGGAGAGAGAGUUGAUGCUGCUGCUGUUUGCCACAUGGACACGUCCACAUGGGAUCCUGACCAUGUGGCAUUCCGCGUGCUUGGCGGCCAGCCUGGCAGCUCUCCUGUGUGCCAUUUCCUUCCUGCUGAUAAUGUUGUGUGGGUCCCAUCCACUUAAUUGUAAGGAUC